AUGGCGGAGGCAGGACGGGCAGGACCACAGCGCACCGUGCGGCAGCGUGCUACACUCACUGGGCACACGCAAGCCGUGACGGCAGUCCGCUUCUCGCCGGACGCGAAGUACUUUGCCUCCGCGUCGGGCGAUAAGACGGUCAAGGUGUGGCGCCUCUCGGACGGAGCGCUAGAGAUCACGCUUGGUGGGGAGAACGGUCACACUGGGGGUAUCUCCGACGUGGCGUGGUCGCACGACUCGGCGCUGCUCGCGUCAUGUUCUGAUGACCGCACCACGAAAGUGUGGGACCGCGCCACGGGCACGCUGAAGCACAACCUCUCGGGCCACUCCAACUUUGUGGUGUCAGUGGACUUCCACCCGAAGACCUACGAACUGGCGUCCGGUUCCUACGACACCAAGCUUUUCUUGUGGGACGUUGCUGGCGAAAAGGGCCGGUUGCGCAAAAUCAUGGUGAAACACACGGCACCUGUGGCGACCGUCCGAUAUAGCAAAGACGGCAAGUAUCUUCUCUCCACAUCGUACGACGGGUCAUGCCAAGUGUGGAAUGCAGUCUCGGGCGACCUCGUCAAGACGAUCUCGCAAAGCCUCGUGCCGAUAACGUACAAAGCGCACAGGAACGCCAAGUACGCGCUCUUUUCCAUCGCGUUGCCCGGAGCCAAGAUGGUGGUGAGCGUCUCCGAAGAUGGCUGGCUCUACUGCUGGGAUCUUCAGUCCUCCACUCUCCUGCACAAAGUCAAAGCUCACGAUGGCGUUGCGUUGGGUAUGGACGCUCAGGGCACCACAUUGAUCACAUCAGGUCUUACAGACAAUAGCAUCAAGAUCUGGGAUCUGGUCACCACGCCCGCCAGCUGA